AUGACGGAGUUUGCAUCGCAACUCAACAUGAUCAAUGACGGAAUGCUCAACAAAUCAAGAGUUAAAACCACGAAGAGUCAUUUUUUAAGAGCUGAGGCAUUUAUCAAUGCAGGCAUGGAGUCUUCUGCAAGCAAGUUAAACGCUGUAGACUCAAAUUUGAGGCCGAGUAUAAGAUUUGCGCAAACAAAUGAAACACCUUUCAAUGAGCAAACUGGAGCAGAAAGACAAAAGUCAAAGGUUUCGAACAGAAGACAUCGAAAGAUCCAUCCGCAUAUCGACUCACUGCCACCAAGAAUUGUAAAACCACUUCAUCAGUCUCACAAAAUUUUUCAAAGUCGAUCGAUCAAUGUACAAGAGGGAGGUAUAAAUGAACAGGUCAAAACUAUGGCAGCAAUAGCCGUGGUAUAUCGUAGUUCUUAUCGAAGGCACCUAAACAUCGGAGUGCCCGGUCAAUUGACACCGUUGCAUCACCCUCCCAGUUACGUAACUGUGAGUGGUCAUCAUAUCCUGCAGGCAGCCUACAGCACUGCUUGUAUGACAUAUUUGUAG